AUGAGUAGGGGAAGUACCAGUUCUGGACCAUGGAUGGAAAUAUUAAGGCUGUAUGCAUCAACGAAAACAACAGGAAAAACUAUAAAUCAAGAAGAAACACUCUAUGGACCACUCUGUAAUACUGGUGCGGGGGUGCAUUUAGAGCAACAAGAAAAUGGAGAACACAGAUAUGAGGUGCCGAUGAAUAAGGAAGAGACAAAUGCAUGCACGUCCAUGAUAGUUGCUCUGUCCUUUGCUAAUGGAUGGCACAUAAGGGGAGAGCAUACGGGCAGGAGCAGUGUGAGUCAGAAUACAAUGGAUGAUUUCGUAAGGUGUGCUAUAGCAAAUAUAUUUAUGUAUAAAUUGGAAGAAUUAUUCUGUGUUGAGAACUUGGGUAUACGGUACGCAUGGUAUAUAAUGGAAAACAUGGACGCACAGGGCAUGAAAAAUUUAAUUAAGGACGGGAAAUGUACGAUGAACAUGACCGGAUAUCGGAAAGGAUGGAAUGAAGCCGAAAAGAAGAAAAUUAAGGGUUUCCUGCAGUCUGAUGAAGGAAUGUUCCAAGGAAUACCAAAAACAGCCACGGGGACUACGUGUACGACGCAAGUAAAAAUGCAGAAGGCACAACAUGACAAAAUACAGGUGAAGUCGGCAAAUGAGGACAAUAAGGAUGCACCCAGACCGCCGCGACCACCGGCCGGUAGUCCAGGACACACCGGGACGGCUACAACAGCAGUAGGGAAAGCAGGGUCACCACCCGCACGAACAUCAGAUACAUCAGGAGCAAACAGUGGACCGGGUCAAGCCGCCAAACCCGGCCACCCUGCUAAACCAGCACCUACCAAACCAGUAGCGGCGAAACCGGUGGCAACGAAGACGACAAUAACGACCGAAGAAAAGACAUGUCAGGGGCAGAAAAUAUUGGAGUGGAGAGAGAGGGAAAUAUACGUGGCGCAACAAUAUAGUGAUGAGCAAUGGAACAAGGUGAAGAGCGUGUUGGAGGAGUUUAUUCAAUAUUUGAAGGAGAAUAAUGAGAACUUUGACGACUACGGUGCCAACUGUGAUAAUGAAGGUUGGGAUGAUUUCAUACAAGGGCAACACCAUACGGGCCAAACGGUGGCGGAUAUGAUGAGGUGUCGACUCAUGACGGGUGCAUUGUGGUUUGCGAACGGUGCUAAUGGAGGUGGAGUGGAUGAUGAAGACACCAACAAGCUAAGAUGUGAGGUGGCCCAUGUCUUCGGGCAUCUACUGAACACGUUGUACUGUAAGGAUAAGAAGGGCUACAAGAGAGGUAUAGAGUAUGCUUGGCAGGCAAUGAGGAGUAUGAAGAGCGGAGCAUCGGGUACGUCUGGUGUACUGGGGGGUCCUGUUAUAGACGGUACGUGUACAGAGUGCGGGUAUGGAGAUAACAAGAGGAAUAUAACAGCAAUAAAUUUGCGCAUAGCACAAUGGUUAUUGGAGCAUGGAAAAGUAAGUUCUGAAGUAGCACAAAUGCAACAGGCAAUGCCGUGUACAACAAAAUGGAGAGAUUAUAUUAAUGAGGACGCAAAAAGAGGGGAUCCUCUCGACGACGUGUUGACGACAGAGGGCAUGCAGGCAAAGAAGAGACUGGACAAGGAUAUAGUACAGAAAGCGGAAAGGAUCUUUGAGCGGGCGAAGGAAGCAGUAGAAAAGAAAAUAGCAGAACUGAAGGAAGCGGAGAAGACCAAAAAAACAGCGGGAACCAGUGACAAGACGACGGCAGCGGACACGGGCAGUGCACCGGGACCUACCGCAGCAGGGGGAAGUCCAAGUCAGGGAAAAGGAGUAGCAAGAUCAGAGGAACCUGCGGAACCACCUGGCCGUCCUAGUGGAACAGAGGACAAAGGAAACAGAUCACCACCACCGCCAGAACCGGCACGUCCGGCAGCGCCCGCUCCAUCGGGGACUUCACAAGGUGAGCAUGAUGUGGAGAAGAUACUGAUGGAGAUUGACGAACAGGAGAAAGAACGACUUGCACGUAUUAGUACUACGGGCCGAUUCGAGGGUGAGGACCUGGUAAACGUGAUUCGUCCAGGAGAUAACAGUUCGAUUAGCAUAAGUACAGGGACCUCAAAUCCCACUUGGACAAUACCCACAGGUGAUGCUAAUCCUAAAGCUACCAUCGAGGAACCAGCAGUACCGGUUACGACAGGACGCACGGCAGAUACGGUACCUGAACCAGCACCACAACCACCAGCAGCAUCACCAGCAGAACCAACAACAACCACAACAACAUCCUCCAGUGCAGCACCAGGGGCACCAGCUGGUGCUAGUGAGCCCACUCCCGCGCCUGCGGAAGAUAGCGUGAACAACACACAGAUAGAUACUCCUGUUGACACCAAGGGUGACACUGGUCCCCCCGGUCCAGCCAGUCCUAGUGGUACAGCAGGUGACGAUGGUGAAGCAGGUACGAACGACGUAGAUGGAGGCAGUGAUGGAGGUACUGGGGAGGACCCCCCUCCUCUCAAUCCACCCAAACCCAAACCGAACCCGAACCCAAAUCAAUCGGGGAGCAGCCCCAGCGGCAGCAGCGGCGGCACUGGUCCUGGUGUAGGUGGUGUUUCUGGUGGGGAAGGAAAGGGAGGUGGGGGUGGUGAAAAGGCUGCUGGCGGCACCGGUAGCGGAAGUGCAGGACCAGGAGGUCGUAGUGGUGCUGGCGUUAGUGGUGGUGCUAGUGGCAGUGGUGCAGUUCCUGGCGCUACUGGUGCAGCUGGUGUAGGACACGGCGGUGGAGGUGGUGCCACAGGUGGAGAGCCAGGUGCAGGUAGCGUAGAUGCAGGACCAGGUUCUACUGGUCACCAAACCCCAGGUUCUUCAGGACCUGGCUCCACGCGCACUUCGCAACCAGGUUCCUCAGGAUCGGUAUCAACGGGUCACCAACCCCCUGGUUCCUCAAAACCAGGAUCCGACCCGUCCACGCAACCCAAUAACGCACAGGGUACGGGUUCUAAGCCUACAGAUCCAGAUGGUGGCUUUGGACUAUCCUUGGACCGUGCACCAGCCGUAGGUAACAUAGGAGAAGGAUAUGCACCAGCGACUCCAACAGAAAAAACAUCGGGCAAUGGGGAUAUGAACUCGGGUGCCGGUCCUGAUGGACCCGACCUAACCGCCGACAUCCUUACCGCCACUGCUCCCGUACUCUUCUUCCUGUCCGCCGUCACCGUCGCCUUUCUUGGUUAUUCCCUUUGGAAGUACUUUGCGUACCUCGCCAAACGCCGACGAACAUAUCGAACCGUUCGUGACGUGCCGUCACCGCCACUCGACGAAGAAAUAUUGGCGCAUCUACAACGCGGCGAGCCACCACCCGAUUACGGCUACACCAUGGUUCGGGAUAGGCGGCCCGGAAGAUUGCCCGCCGCACGCCGCCGACCACGCCCACCACGCGUGCAUAAACGCACGAUCAUCGAACUACAUCUAGAAGUGCUCCACGAAUGUGAAGCGACCGAAUGGGAAAACGUCAAACAGGACUAUUUGAAGAUUGUAUUGCAGGAGUUUGCACAGGAGUUGAUACGGGACGACCACAGGAAUAACAAUAUCUUGGAUGUUUCUACCACAACGCAGGGUUUAUCAGGGAACAAUAUUUCAGCCACCGCGGAUCCACCCACCUAUUCCGACGCAACGAAUCCAUGUCCACCGAAUGAAGAGGACCCCCAUCCAUGGAAUUGUAUGGAAAACAUACAGUUAGAAAGGGACCGUUGUACACCGCAUGCACACGACCCCGAUCCAUGGCGUUGUAUGGAAACUAUACAGUUAGCAACGGACCCUUGUCCACCUAAUGACCCCGAUCCAUGGGGUUGUAUGGAACCCAUACAGUUAGCAACGGCACCUUCUCCACCUAAUGAAGAGGACCCCGAUCCAUGCAGUGGUAUGGAAACCAUACAGUUAGAACCACAGCGGACUCCUGCUCUCUUUCCAUCCUCUUCCGACCCCCGGAAUGAAUGCCCGAUCCCCGACCACACUAAUUGGAUUAACUGGAUUGACCGCAGCAAGCAUAUUCUGCGGGAGUGCACGGGGCAAACGUGGUUUUUGCAAUUAACAGCGGAUUGGAAACAAUAUUAUCAACAACAUGCGACAGACGACGUAUCCGGGCACAUUCACAACGGUGCAGCGGCAACCAUGGACAGGACGAAACUGCGGUUGUGGAAACAAUGGGUCGCACAGCAACAUCAGCAAAUGUGUAUGUAUGGCCAGGAGGAGUGGUUUAAGCAUUUGUUGAAUAGUGUAGACGAGGAGACAGUACCGGAAACACGCGCAGUACCUACAGUUGACACAGACUUAGAAGUGGAAAAAGCAAUGGCAGCAGCACAUGUGCUACGAGUGAGAGAUGUACCAUGCACCCAACCACUGCAUAAGCAACCUUACAUGAAAAAACCGUUAACCGCUAACACAUGGAUACUGAUCCUGGCAUUAGUCAUAGAACAGUGCGACGUCGACAGCCGUUUGCAGGAGACGGAGUUAUAUGUGGAUGAACUAUUGGAGCAACUGUGA